GCUCGCUCGUUCCGAGAGGUGUGACGUCACGUGAUCUACCCGUGUCCGUUCCAGCUGAGAGAGAGAAAGAGAGAGAGAGAGGACGGUCGGACGUGGACGUCUCACGGCCCAGACACAGACCCGAGCCCGUGCGCCCGUGACUGGAUCCACCGGAUGCAGAAGAGUACUGACCGAGAAAGAGGAAACGACCCCCUCCUCCCCCCGCGGACAGCUCAGAGCGACCAGAACUUGUCAUCUGACCAGUGCAGCCGCUGCUCUCGUCGCUGUGUGCGUGUUUUCGGAUACACCGUUUCCCCUCGGUUGUUUUGUUUUGGCGGAGCUUUGCAUUGCAACUACUUGGGGAUUUUUUUCUCGUUCAACGUCGGACGGUUAACUCGGGAUAUUGCGCCAUAAGUUUUAAUUGAGACAUUUUCCUGCCUGCCGGUGUCCGUUUUUAUUAUUCUUAGUAUUUCUAGUCGGAUGCUCUGAUUGUCCGCGCCGCACUGGUUUCUCGAGCUGUUUUAACAACAUCCAUCUACAAUGGAAUACUUCGAUGAGAAUAUCUCCGCAAGGAAAUAAGAAGCUUCAAAUAGCUACAAGUAAAAGUCGCCCAGCAUACUUGUCCUAUUGGUAGGUCCUGUGGUCAGUUUGCCUCGCCCCUCCAAGUGCCCCAGGUGUCUGCGACCCCGUCUGGUCCAGGAUGUCCAGGCAGCUCUCCCAGCUUCCGACCCCCGACCUCCCAGCUGGUGCUAGCCCACAGUUUGGAAGUUGCACUCAGCCGGCAGGCUCGCUCACUGGGGGGCAUCUGAACUCCAUGACAGGUCUGAAGUCCCUGCUGCAGCACCCCAUGAAGGCGGACCAGCGUCUGAAAAGUCCCUGCGACGGCAAAGACAAAGACAGACUGGACCUCGAUGAGGACUCCUUGGGAGUGUGUUCUGUCAGGAGUGGUAACGGAAUAGGCAGCAUAAAUAACAGUAAUGGCUGCGGCGGCGGCGGUGGUGGUGGCAAUGGCGGAGGAAACUUCAACCAGUUCCUGGGGCCUCUCCUGUGGGAUCGCACCCUGCCUGCAGACGGGGGCCUCUUCCAGCUUCAGUACAUGGACUUGGAGGAGUUUCUGACAGAAAACGGAAUGGGCAGCAUGCACAACAACAACAGCUCCAGCUCGGCGCAGAUCCCCUCGCAGAGCUCCCAGUCGGCGGUGCCCAACCAGAGUUCCCAGUGCCUACCGCCCGCGUCCCCGCCCGGCUCCUCGUCCUCCUCGCCCUCGUCCUCGUCCUCGCCGUCGCUCAUCGGCCUGGAGGUGGCCCAGCCGCAGGGCCUCGUCGGUGGAGGCGACUGUCUGCACGGGAGCCAGACGAGUAUGAACGACUCCUGUGAGUCGCCCUGUUCCUCGUCCUCAUCCUCCUGCCCUCCUCUGCUCACGCCCACGGGCAGCGGACCAGAUGGCAUCGGAAUUUUUGACAUGGACACGUCGGACAUGGCUAUGUCCAGCGCUUCGAGCCAGCAGAACUUCGACCCCAGGAGGCACUCCUUCAGCGAGGAGGAGCUGAAACCACAGCCAAUGAUCAAGAAGGCGCGCAAGAUCCUGGUGCCGGAUAACAUGAAGGUGAGUGAUGAGAAGUACUGGAGCAGGAGGCAUAAAAACAACGAGGCAGCAAAGCGCUCCCGCGACGCUCGCCGCCUCAAGGAGAACCAGAUUUCGGUGCGCGCCGCUUACCUGGAGCGGGAGAACGCCGCCCUGCGACAGGAAGUGGCCGAGAUGCGGAAGGAACUGGGCCGCUGUCGCAACAUCCUUAGUAAAUACGAGAACCGCCUCGGUGACCAGUGAUGAACCAGUGGAACCAGUGGAACCAGUGGAACCAGGAAGUGGAAGGAAGAGGAGGAAAAUAAGCUGGAUUCAAUUUAAGACGGGGGGGGGGUUGAAGGACAGAACGGGGUCUGGAUAAUGAUGAUGCGAUGAUGCUGAUGAGGAAGAUGGUGAUUAUAAUGAUGAAUGUAUAAGACAAGGAGAUGGUUUGUGUAAUGAAGCUCAGGUGUCUUGUUUCAUUGAGGUGUCGACUCUUAAAAGAGAUGGAUGGAGAGAAUAAUUUAACAGAUGAAAGAUGUGACUUUUAAGAGUUUUGUUAUUGGAGAAUUGUAUAUUUUUAUAAUACUUCAGAAAAAUUAGAGGGAGAGCAAAUUUGGAGAAUAAUUUUGUAUAUUUUCUACAUGACUGGGACAUAGAAGCCGGGGCAAGCUAUGGUAAAUGUCUUUUUAUUAUAGGAGAGUGAGGAGAUGUUGAAGAGGUCGUCAGCCAUCGAUGGGGAUAUUUCUUUUGUCAACUUGAUUAUUAUUAUAGUCAGGACGCAGCAGCGGGGGCGAGGACGCAUGUAACAAUUGUAAUAUAGAGAGCGAAAUUAUCUUAAAAAGCGUAUAGUUGGACAUCUUUGUGAAUUUUACUCGAGCACUCGGUUCUUUUCCUGUUCUGUUUUCCGUCACCGGGGUGCGGGCGAGCUGCAGGGAGACACGGGGAGACGCCAUGUAAAGAGCCCAGCACUUUCCUCCACAGGCCUCGUGUCCGCCCUCAAACACAGCACUUCAUGCUUUUUUCAUUUCCUUCGACGCCCCAACAAUGUUAGCACUUAAUACUUUGGACUUAUUCAUGAGACGGGUCCAUCCUGCUCGCGUCCCUCCUUGUCCCUGGGUCGUGUCUCACCCGGCUGUGGAUGCUGGGAGUCGCUGCUCCUCUCAUGUCCGCUCCCUUCGCCGUUACCUGCAAACACACUGAUGACGUUUUCGUCCCCCCGCGUCUCCGGCGCCGCGUCCGGCUAGCAGAACCUCAGUGUUGUAACAUAAGUAGUAAUCGACCCUCCCAGUUCAAUGCACAUUGUUACUUUGCUGUACUUUAUGAACACACGUUAAUUAGCAUUACUAUGGAGCAGGAAAUGUUGUGUAUAGUGAAUAGGACUAUGCUAUUUUGUGUAUUUGAUGUAUUCCAGGAAAUGGGUCGAGUCUCCCCAUCGAGUGGAAUAGUGUUAAUUUCUCAGAUUUCUGGGAGAAAUAAAAGCCAAAUUUUUCCUAUGUUGAUCCACAGAGCUUGUUGCUAUUUAGUGCUUUUUACAGUACGGCUCCUUUCUUACUGUUUACUCCUGUUAUUACUCCUCACUUUUUACUGUAUCUAUUAUCUCCUCUGUGUAUCCACCACACCUACACAGGGUCACGGUACACUGUUGAGUUCCUGGGGGAGGGAUGACUAGUAACAGAGUGUGAUUUCUAAUCCCCGUUAUGACCAUGAUGGAUCGUUACCAUUACUGCUUUUGCUAUUGUUAUGGUUAUAAUGAUUAUCCCUCCGAUUGUUGCUGUUCUAUAUAUUUGAACGAUUUUCUUUCUUUGGAUGAACAUAACAUGUUGCACCUUCAAACACCUUUGCUCUUCAUCGUUCCUGAGAAAGACUGUUGAAACAGACCCCCCCACUCUCUACUGUUUGCAUCCCGCCAUAGACCUCCAGACAUCGCUCACCUCCGUGGCUGCGGACGAGCAGCCGGACUCACCGACGGGACUCUAUAAGUUGAACUUGAUGCUCGUGCAGACUUUAUCGUUCACAGUGACCUCUUCUGUUCCUCAGCAUUAUAUGGGCUAUGCACACUAUUGGUAUGCUCCUUGUUGGUUUAUUUCAGCCUUUAUCUCAAUCAGUGAUUGUUUGCUCUCCCAACAGGAUUUUAGUCUGUAAUAUCCUCACAGAUGUGGUUAAUGAAUCUUACAGUGACUCUGCUGCAUCAGUGGUGUCCAUGGUGCCCAGCCCCCUCAGUGCUGGUUAUUUGGAUGUAGUUGAGAUUUCCCAAAAACACCAAUAAAAGAUUGUUCUCAUUCA